CUUUCUCCCUCAUCCCCCACCGAGUCAUUUCUCACACCAAACCAAAUACAGUACUGUUGGGAAAACGCCCCAAUAAAGAAAUUCGAUUUUUGUUGGCUUUCCUCACGGAAGCAGAGAAAAGUUGGAGUUUUUAUGCUUGUACGAGUCGACUAGUAGUAGUGGUGCCGUGGUGGUGCGAAUCGCAGGGAAUAUUAAGGGCGCCCGAGAGAGAGAGAGUCAGAGGAGAAAAGUGUAGAGAGAGAGAGAGCGAGCGCGAUUCGGAAGAAGGCAGGCGGCGGCGAUUCAGCCUCCGUCCGUAGCUCGCUGCUCUCUCCAGCGCGACGGCCGGCGGCGGCUGUCAUGAAAAGAUAAAUUCGGUAGGCGUCCGACGUUCAAGUUUCAGCAUGGGUUCAGGAAAUCUGGUGAUGAAGAAGGUGGCGAAGCCGAGCUCUUUCGACCUCGACAUACAACUUGACAGAAGCUGGACAGAGGAUGUUACUUGCCCGAUAUGUCUUGAUUUUCCGCACAACGCGGUCUUGCUGAGGUGCACAUCUUAUGAGAAAGGCUGUAGGCCGUUCGUAUGUGACACUGACAAGUCCCGUUCAAACUGCCUCGAGCGGUUUAAAGGUGCUCAUGGGCAGCCGGUCAACGUGAAAGUCUCAGCUGUUAAUAUCGCCCCUCGCGAUAGCAUCCAUAUCAUCUCAUCAAAUGCAAACAACCACCCAGCUUGCCCAUUGUGUAGAGGCGAUGUUAUUGGGUGGGUUGUUAUCGGUGAGGCCCGCCAGCAUCUUAACCAAAAGAAAAGAUGUUGUGAAGAGAGUUGCUGUUCAUAUGUUGGCAACUUCCAUGACCUCCAGAAGCACACCCAGCAGAAGCAUCCGAAUUCCCGCCCUUCGGAAAUUGAUCCCGCUCGCCGAGUUGACUGGGAGAAUUUCCAGCAAUCGUCUGACAUCAUAGAUGUCUUGAGCACGAUACAUGCACAUGUGCCCAAUAGCAUAGUUCUGGGAGAUUAUGUGAUCGAGUAUGGGGAUGAUGAAGCUGGUGAUGACUAUGAAGUUCUCCACAGGGUCAGGGGAAACUGGUGGACGUCCUGUAUUUUCUGCAAGUCAUUCGGAUCUUCGAGAGGCCGGAGAAGAGCAAGGACAAGAGAAAGGAGAGGUAGUGAAAGCAGGAACGUCAGCAGGUCCACUCAGGAAAGGUUUGCUGUCGAGGUUCCGGCCAGAUCCGUAGGCAUAAGAGAAAUCAGGUUUGGUGGAGUAGAUGAUGAAUAUCUAGUUACCGGGGCAUCUAGGAGAAUGGCCAGUCAUUACAGGGAUGCCAGGUAUGUCCGCCGACGCCCGCAAAUGUAGGAUCAAGCGGCGAGAAAGAAAGCUCAGCCCUGACAUACAAUGCUGCAACAAUCAGAACCGUUCCAGCUCUGCUCACUUCAUUCUUUCUACCUUCUCUUUGCUAUCUCAGUCCUAAUUCAUUGUGCAUAUUACAAGAUAGUAGCAGCAGACCUUCCCCUCAUUGUUCAAGCAUUUCAGGUGUCCCCAUCUUAGAUUCUUCUUGUAAAUAUCUUAGCUUUUACAAAGUACCUUAUAGUCUGUCUCGGUUUCUGUCUGAGAAACCACUAUGUAAAAACACCACCGCGGAAUCUUCCGUGUGCGAUGCUUGUCAGGAAACCUUUCCAGUUGAUUUUGUAUCUCGAAAAGAAGGUUGUGUUAAGUGCUGGGUUGUGUGA